UCAUCUCUGCUUACUAUUGUGACUAACCAAACAAGUCCACACACAAAACUAUCAAUAUAUUCUAAUCUAUCUCGAUGAUGUGGAUCGUCUUCUCGGCUCUCCUGUUCUUCACCAUCAUCACAAGCUUCUCCGUGAUUCAAACAACCUCCACUUCACCAGCUCUCCAUCCAGAUGAAUUGAAUGCGCUUGAGAAGAUAGCUACUGCACUUGGUAUAAAGAGAGUGAACCUAAGUCAUGAAGACCCAUGUAGUUCAGGAACUCUAAUGAUAACACAACAAGUUGAUUUUGUUUGGAAUCCGGAGGUGAACAACACCAUUGCUUGUAAUUGUAGCUUUAACAACAACACGAUAUGUCAUAUUACAGAAUUAGUUCUCAGGAAUUUUACUCUCGAGGGGAAACUUCCACCUGACUUGGCCAAGCUUCGAUAUCUCCAAUCAAUUGACUUAUCCGCAAACUACCUUACUGGAACGAUUCCAGUGGAGUGGGCUUCAAUGUCACACCUCAUUCUCAUCUCGCUCUCCGGGAAUAGUUUGUCUGGGACUUUACCAACUUGGUUGCAAAACUUAAAGAAUCUGAAGUUCCUAGGGCUUGAAGGAAACCAGUUCUCUGGUCACAUUCCUGAUGAGCUUGGUAACUUGACCAACCUUGAACGAUUGUAUCUUUCAUCCAAUCAAUUUACAGGAAGCUUACCUAUCACUCUCGCUAAACUAGUAAACCUGGAGCGGUUUUGGAUAUGCGACAAUAACUUGAGUGGAACUUUCCCAGCAUAUAUGGGCAACUGGUCUCAGCUUAAAAGGCUAUAUCUAUACGCGAGUGGACUAAAAGGACCUAUUCCUGAUGCAGUGGCCAGCCUAGAAAAUCUUACUGAUCUGAGAAUUAGUGACACGACAGGAAUAGACUCAUUUCCAAUCCUAUCCAGCAAAGCCAUCGAAACCCUGAUUUUGAGGAAUUUGAAUUUGUCUGGUCCAAUUCCUUCUUACAUCUGGAGCUGGCCAAACCUAAGGAGACUAGAUUUAUCGUUUAACAAGCUGACUGGUGAAGUGCAAGAUAUACAUAAAGCACCAAAAUUUACCUACCUGGCUGGCAACAUGCUUACCGGAAACUUUGAAUCUGCUUUCUUGUUCAACAGCAAACCUAAUAUGUAUGUUUCCUCCUACCUGCAUGGCUUGAGAAAGUUGCAGUCAUCCCAACUAAUAUUCUUGUGUUUUUUUAAAAAAAAAUAUUUGGCGAGUCUUCACAGUGAUCUCUCUUAUAACAAUUUAACAUGGUCAUCGAGCUGUCAUGAAAAACGUAACAUUAACACAUACCGGAGCUCAAACUGGAAGAACAAUUUAACUGGUCUUCUUCCAUGCGCUGGUCCAAUCACCUGCAAGAGCUAUCAGAGAUCACUACAUAUAAAUUGCGGUGGAGGAACUGUACAGAUUACAAACUCCUCUCGUAGAAUCACCUAUCAAGCUGAUAACAUUGAGGUCUUGGCGGCAACAAAUCUUCACAUGGAAAGAUGGGGAAUCAGCAACACAGGCGACUUUACCGAUGAUACAAGUGAUGAUGACACGUUUAUCAUUUCAACUAGUUUAAGAACAUCUGGAGGUUCUCCUGAUCUAUAUAAGACCGCACGUCGAUCUGCACUCUCUCUAGUUUAUUAUGCGUUUUGCUUGGAAAAUGGAGCAUACAAUGUGAAACUCCAUUUUAUGGAAAUCCAGUUUUCAGACAAAGAAGUAUACAGUCGUAUAGGCAGACGCAUAUUUGAUGUUUAUGUUCAGGGAGAACUGUUCUUGAAGGAUUUUAACAUUAAAGAGGAGGCUAAUGGGACCCUGAAGCCUGUUGUAAAAGAAUUGAAGGCUGUUAAUGUGACUGAUCAUAUGUUAGAGAUUCGGUUGUAUUGGGCGGGUAAAGGGACAACUUUCAUCCCCAACAGAGGAUACUAUGGUCCUCUUAUCUCUGCUAUCUCCUUGUGUCACAGUCAUGAUCCACUAUGCGGAGCUGAGAAAAUAAAACAUCACAUUAAUUAUCCUCUAGUUUUGGGGGCAACGGGUGCGUUUGUAACAACCACACUCUUGGCUUUGGGAAUAUAUGCUUGGAGGAGACGCAGGGAAGACAAGAUUACGAGAGAAAGAGAUCUGAGAUCCGAGAGUCUGCAAACGGUUUGCUAUACGUGGAAGCAACUGAAAGCUGCAACAAAUAAUUUUGACCAAGCCAACAAACUUGGAGAAGGAGGUUUCGGAGCCGUAUUCAAAGGAGAGCUGCCGGAUGGAACCAUCAUAGCAGUGAAGCAGCUUUCUUCCAAGUCACACCAAGGAAACCGCGAGUUUGUGAAUGAGAUAGGCAUGAUCUCAGGUCUGAAUCAUCCAAACCUUGUCAAGCUUUAUGGAUGUUGUGUUGAGAAGAAUCAGUUGUUACUCGUCUAUGAGUACAUGCAAAAUAACUCCCUUGCUCUUGUGCUGCACGAAAAGAGCUCCCUGAAACUGGAUUGGGUAGCAAGGAAAAAAAUAUGUGUUGGAAUCGCGAAAGGCCUUGAGUUCCUCCAUGAAGGAUCGAUGAUCCGGAUGGUUCACCGUGACAUAAAAACCAGUAACGUGCUUCUAGAUGCCGACCUAAAUGCAAAGAUAUCGGACUUCGGAUUGGCUAGGCUCCAUGAAGAAGAACACACUCACAUUAGUACCAAAGUUGCUGGAACCAUGGGAUAUAUGGCUCCUGAAUAUGUACUAUGGGGUCAGUUAACAGAGAAAGUAGACGUGUAUAGCUUUGGGGUUGUGGUAGUGGAGAUUGUUAGUGGACAGAGUAAUACUAAACACAAGGGAAGUGAUGAUGAUCAAGUCUCCCUUAUCAAUUGGGCACUGACGCUGCAACAGAAAGGGGACAUACUGGAGAUUGUAGAUCCAAUGCUGGAAGGUGACUUUAACAGUAAAGAAGCUGUGAGGAUGAUAAAUGUUGCUCUUGUUUGCACAAACUCAUCUCCUUCGAUGAGGCCAACAAUGUCAGAAGCCGUGCAAAUGCUGGAGGGAGUGAUUGAAAUAAAAGAGGUUAUGCCAGAUUCUGGUUUAUAUGGACACGACUGGAGCAUGUCAAAGCUGAUGCACAUUGAUACACGUGGACGCUCGAGCACCUCUGGUGUGACGGAUCAAACAGAAACAUCAAUGAAAUCCUCUGUUUCUGGUUUUGAUCUCUACCAGUAUCCUUCCUCAUCACUGGAAUGUCCCUAGUGCUCGCUUGAAGCAAAUAACAAUGAAAUCAGAAUACACCAAGUCUCUGUGUAUGCUUAUGAUCUACAUACUAAGUACCGAGUCCAUUAUACUUGACCAUUUCAUUAUCCCUCUCUCUCUCUCUUUAAACAAGUGCUCUCUCCGUGCGCUAGGAUUUUGUCUUGGCCUCUCACUCUUGGCAAGCUUCUCUUCUUACUCUGUUUUUUGUUGUUGUUCUUGUUAACUCACUCACUAUCUGUUUCGUACUUGUGUAACAAUGCACAAGCACACGCUCAUACUCUCUUGGCUCUCUCACGUUUUGUUUAUUCUUGUAGAAGGAACAGAGAACACUUUGUAUGUCUACAUUGUUAACCCUUUUUUCA